AUGAAGACUGUGAUGAAAUCCACGCUGGCGCUGCUGGUGGCGUCCGCAGCGCUGCUCUCGACGGCGGAGGGGAGUGCCAAGGCCAGCUACGGCCACGUUGGAGGACUGGGUGGAUUUGGAGGACUUGGCGGAUACGGAGGCUAUGGUGGAUUUGGUGGAUACGGUGGAUAUGGUGGAUAUGGAGUCUACGGUGGACUUGGCGGCUUAGGCGGUUUUGGUGGAUUUGGGGGACUCGGUGGGUUAGGUGGAUAUGGUGGAUAUGGUGGGUAUGGUGACUAUGGGAGCGUCUCUCAUAGCUAUGGAAGUUAUAACUCUUAUGGCAAAUGA